AUGAGGAAGUUCUCCAAAUUUAAGAAGAGCACCGGCAAUGCCAACAAGAGGAAGGAAGUGAACCCACUAGCGGGGGCUAGGGGUGGUGAUGAAGCCAAAGGGUAUAUGGGCACACUGUCUAAAUGUGAAAUAUGUCAGUAUCAUCAUGCUGGCCAGUGUAGAGUUAGAAAAUGUGAAUCUUGUGGGAAGGUUGGCCAUUUAAAAGAAACGUGUUGGGUUGGUACUGGCCGUGGCGGUCAAAGGGGUUUUGGUAACAAUAACCGUGGGGGUAAUGGAAAUGGAAACCGCCCACAAGGAGGGAACGGUGGAAAUGGUAAUCGAGGAAAUUUUGGAAAUCAAGUUGGAGGUGGGAAUCGCAACCAAAACAACGCGCAAGGCGGUAAUGGAGAUGGUAACGGUCGAGGAUCGGGAUGUUUUAACUGCGGAGACAUCGGGCACUUCAAGCGUGAAUGCCCAAAACUCAAUCAAGCUCGUGGGAGGUCAUUAGAGGAUGCAUGA